ACAAAUACAUAACAAGAAUAUUUGUCGUCUGUAACAACACGGAGCGGAGGCAGAAGCCGCUGGCGUUAUUUUUCCCGUUAUUUCCCCUGUCAUGGCGUUAUUUUCCUCAAGAACGACCAUUUUCAAGGCUCUGUUUGCUAAUGCGGAGAAGCUGCUUAUAUCAAACAGUUGCCGCCAGAUGUCAAAUACUAAUGGUAGAGAAGAAGCUGUGGUUGUAACAGACGAUGGGAGCACCAUUGUUUGCUGGCAUCCUGAACCAAAGGUUCCUUAUCAUAUGACUAGGCCACUUCCAGAAACAGCUGAGGAGUCAGACUCCGUAUUGAAGGUUCAAAACAAAAAAGAGUUGAAGCAAUUAUUCAGACGACAGCAUCCUUUCUUCAUCAACAAGGAACUUCGAGAACUCACUUUCACUACUAAACACCCAUGGUACCCCAGGCCUGGGAAACGAUUUACGAAAAAGCAGCCACCAAGGGAUAGGGAAUACUUGUAAAGGAAGGGAACUUGAAACGUUCUGGUAUUUUGUACAUACUUUAUGUAAUAAAAUCUUUUGGGUAAUGUA